UACCACGAGGAUUCCCAAGGUUAAAUCCGUAAUUCACGAUUUCUUAACUAACAUUUAAAACUGAACGUUCCCUCACGUUCCUCUGUCGCGCUCUCUAAAAGCAGAGUACACCUGUCACCGUCGUAACAGAAAAAUGGCACCGCCAAAACUGAAACGUAACUUCCCUCCGAUAACCGAAUACAACGGAACUUCUUCCCCGCAUGAAUCAGUCGCCGCCGAUCUCGACGGAACACUUCUCAUUUCUCGAAGCUCUUUUCCUUACUUCAUGCUUGUUGCUGUUGAAGCUGGAAGUCUCCUCCGUGGCUUCAUUCUUCUUCUCUCCGUUCCUUUUAUUAUCUUUGCUUAUCUAUUUGUUUCUGAAUCUCUCGGUAUUCAGAUGCUGAUUUUCAUCUCUUUCGCUGGUCUUCAAUUUGAUGAUAUCGAACUCGCUUCACGCGCUGUUCUUCCAAGAUUUUAUGCUGCGGAUGUAAGGAGAGAGAGUUUUGAAGUAUUUGAUCGGUGUAAGAGGAAGGUAGUGGUGACGGCGAAUCCGACGGUGAUGGUGGAUGCGUUUGUGAAGGAUUAUCUCGGCGGAGAUAAGGUUUUGGGAACGGAAAUUGAGGUGAACUCUAAGACAAAGAAGGCGACUGGAUUUGUGAAGAAACCUGGUGUACUUGUUGGAGAUUUGAAGCGUUUGGCAGUUGUGAAAGAGUUUGGUGAUGAAUUGCCAGAUUUUGGACUUGGAGAUCGGAAAACUGAUCAUGAUUUCAUGUCAAUUUGCAAGGUUUGGCUUCUAGUAUACUAAUCAUCAAGUUUUAUAUUUUGAAUUUUGGUGUGAAUUGCAUGUAUUGAUUUUACAUGUCUCUGCAGAUUUGAACAUUUUUAUUAUCUAAUUUACUGAUCAUCUGUGUGGAAAAGGUCCAUUUUCUA